AUGUCGUUCUUCAAGGUGGAGAGCAUUAUCCGCGAAAGGCUGGAUGCAGCGGAGUUGUCGCUGUCCGGGAUGUGUUUGACUUCGCUCGAUGCUGUCGUGCCUCUCCUGGCGAAGAUGCCGCGCUUGCGUUGCCUGAACGUGUCGCACAACGAGCUCCGUGACCUCCCAAUGGACCUGUCAUCACUGACCAAGCUGGAAGCACUCGACCUCAGCUCCAAUCCUCUUGGGGGGGUGCACCGCAUUCUGGACGGUCUGCAGUCGCUGCCGCGGCUCACCUCCGUCUCCGUGACCCUUCCAGCGCCGGCGGCGGAGGCGGAGGAGCAGCUGAUCAUGCGGCUUCCCGCCCUCACCUGCUUAAAUGGCACCGCCCUGGUUGAUCCGACAGAGGAGCUUGGGGAGAGCGGCGCUGUUGACCGUGACGCCGCUGCUGCCGUUGAGAUGGCGCCGGUGGACAGCGCGUACUGGAAGCCGACGGACUCGGCAGGCAUCGAGAGCCUCUUCGCCAAUGUCAGCCGCCAAGACGCCUCCGCGACGCAGGAGUUCUUUGAUUACAUGAACCGCGUCGUGCAGCACGUCACGUGUUUGACGGCGGCGGAAGACGACGCGUUCGCGCAGGAGGGCGAAGUACUCAAGGCGCGGCGCCUCCUCUACGAGUUCUGCUUCGGCGAUGUCGUACGGAGCGCAUUCAAAGAUGGUCACGACGUUCUUGGCCGACAGCUGCAGACGCUGCUGCGCUACGAGUCGGCCAUGAUGGAUCAGUACGACAUGCACUGGCGCCGUAUACUGCGAGAUCGUGAUAGCAGGCUGGCGCACAUGAAGCGGGACAUGCAGGACGCGAUGGAAGACAUCCGCUCUCUCAUCGAGUGUUUUCCAGAAAGUGCGGCACAGGGGCCGUCGAUCGAAGGCGAAGACUCGAGACGCGAGAGGGAGGAGGCACCGGAUGGCACUGGUGCGGGUGUGCGUGCGUCGCUUGGAGCGACCCCACUGACGUGCACGGGGCACACCACCCACAUGGACGCGAGCCGUAUAGGCGCCUCUCCGCAGCCACUGCCGCCGGCUGGACUCGCACGACGAUCUCAGCAGCCGUCUUCAGAGUCCAAAGCGCUGAGGUCGAGCUUCACGAAGGUGCUGUCGUUGCGGCAGCUGAAGGAAAUCAUCGAAGACAUCUACACCUCCAAGGUCAAGUACGACGAAAAGUGCAAGCAGAGCCAGCUGCCGCGCGAAACUCUGGAGCAGCACAUGUACACCCACCUGAACCAAAAGUAUGGGCUGCGAGACAUUAUUCUCGAGUGGGCCACCGCCAUCGUGGAGGCCGUGAGGCGCUACGCGCCGGAGGAUAACGACGUGGCCGUGUUUGGCAAGAUAUUGCGCAACGAGAUCGAUGAGGAGUUCCGCUUCGUCCAGCAGCACGUGCGCCAGACGGUGAAGGAGCUGCUGCGCAAGCACAUCAAAGCGAAGCGGCCACUCAGCGGUGUGGUGGAACUGAGCAACGCACUCCAGAAGGUGAUGCGCGGGACGGUGGCCGAGGACGCGUGGAAGGAGGUGGUCAACUACAUGUACAACGCGGACGACUCUGCCCUCAUCACGGGCAUCAUCCAUGAUUACCUCCACUGUCAGUCCCUGCCACGGCUGCAGCGAGACGACAAAGAGGAUGUGAGGCUGUCGCCGAGGGCGGGGCACUCGCAGCUGCUGUGCAAGGACUUUGUGCGGUUGCUUCUAGACUUCCAGCUGGAUGGGCACGUGCGCUUCUUGGAGGGUUACGUGAAGAUAUUCCGGCGGCACGACAAAGACCAGAACGGGAUUGUGAACAGCUUCGAGUUCGCCUCCAUCGUGCGUGAGCUGGACCCGAGCAAGUCGGAGGAGGAGGUGGGGCUCAUGGUGGAGGAGAUCGAUCCACACGGGAGCCAGCUGAUAACCUUCUCUGAGAGUAUCACCUUCCUGAACGACGAACUGCUCAAGCUGUCCAAUGCCCAGAGCGGCACCCGCGGGUAG